AAUGCAGUAUUUUGAGAACGUGCGACGGCAUGCGCGGCGAAAACGGGUCCACGGUACGCCAUUGGCGAAAAAUCAAGGGGCGUUUCCGUAAUAUUCAUUCGAAAAUGCAGAGAUUCUGGUCAACGUGGUGAUGAGAUUGAACGGGCGAGGCCUAUAUACAGAGGACAGGGGCAUCGUUGCUUUCCAGCAGUUCUUUUUGCUUUGAGCAGUAGUUUCAUUUCGUCGAAAGGGAAAAACAGGGAAAGAGACGGAAGGUGAAAUGGCGGAAGUAGGGCAGGUGAUAGGUUGCCACCAUGUGGACUCCUGGAAGGAUCAGCUUCAGAGUGCUAAAGAUUCCGGUAAACUGGUGGUGGUGGAUUUUACAGCUACAUGGUGCCCGCCUUGCCGUAUAAUGGCCCCAAUUCUGUCAGAGAUGGCUAAGAAGUUCACUGAUGUCUUAUUCCUGAAGGUGGAUGUGGAUGAAUUGCAGACUGUUGCUAGCGAGUGGAAUGUGGACGCAAUGCCAACCUUCCUAUUCCUGAAAGGAGGAAACAUGGUGGACAAGAUUGUGGGUGCGCAUAAGGAAGAGCUGGAGCAGAAGAUAGUUAAACAUACCACUGCAACCACAGCUGCUGCUUCUUCCACUGCAACUGCUUGACUUCUUAUUUCGCUUAAAUGCAAAACCUAAAUUAGUGUUUACCAUGUAGUUGGGACCUUGCAGAUUUCAUGUAUGUUGCUAGUUGUUGCGACUUAUAUUGCAUGGCUGAUGUUAAAAUCCUCGAUUUCUUGGAGGAUUUAUGUGAAUGCUUUUGUUGGGAUGUUUGAAUAGAUUAUUGCAAAUAAUUGGCUUGUUUACUAGCUA